UGUUUUCCCCAGAGAGGUGUGAGGAGAGUGCACUGGCAGUUGGUGCAAAGUAAAGACUAACGAAUAAAGAGUGUGCAUUGUGUUUGUUAGGCCAUAUCGACUCUUUCACAGCUGUACAGAGUUGGCAUGUCAUUGUUCACUUUUCUUUUCUGUUUUUAUUAUUAAUGCACAGUCUGUUUUAUCACUCAAGCUUAGAUGUUGGUGCUGCACUUCUCAGCGCUGCUGCUGUUGGUUGUCAACACGGCAGACACUGAGGACCUCCAAAGUCAGUAUGAAAUGGAAGUUUGGAAGAAAGCAGAACAACCAUUAUGGGAGCAGCUGUCUUCACUGCAGAAGGAAUUUGAGAACCUGAAAAAUGAACAAACGAAAUUAAAACAGAAACAAGAAGUCAUCCAACAAAUGCUGGCUGUGGAUGGCAAUGUCACCUCAAUGACUGAAGGUAUCAACCCUUUCCAUGUUUGGUCCAGCGGAAAAGAGGAUGAGGAUGAAGAUUUCUUAAAUGACAGUGAAGAGGAGGAGGAAGAAGAGGAGGAGGAAGAAGAGGAGGAGGAAGGUGAUCAUCUCCAUCCCACCAACGCCCACACUGAGGAAUAUGAGCAUGAAGAUGACUUCAGUCUGGAGGAUAACUAUCAACGUGAAGAGUACGAGGACCACCUGCAUCUCCAUCCCUCCACCACCAGCACCAACAACGACAUUGACCAUCCCUUAAACGCCAGCAAGCCCUUAUACGACCCCUGCUACCGCUACAAGAUCUUGGACCAGGCCUGGCGGGCCACCAACUUCACCACCAAGAGAGUCAAGUGUGAUCGCACACGCAACUGGCAGGGCUGGUACCGUCUCUACUACCGGCGCCGCAGCAUCCAGAUGCCAGAGAAGUGCGUCAAGUCCGACAGCUGCGGCACCCACGCCCCGCUGUGGCUCACCCAGCCUCACCCCAGGAUCCGCGACGGCAUCGUCUUCCGCCGCGUGUGCGGCCGCUGGAAGAACAAGUGCUGCGCGUUCAAGUCGCCGCCCAUCCAGGUGAAAGCCUGCCGCGGUAACUACUACGUCUAUCGGUUUGUGAAGCCGUCGGCCUGCUACCUGGCGUAUUGUGCAGACGUCAACACUCUUGUGUGUGGAAGAUGCGGAAGGAACCAGUACUGCCACAGCAGGGACAAGAUUAUUUACAGAUGUGCCAACAGACGCCGUCGUCGCAAGAUUAAGAAGCUGUCUGUGCACUUCUUCGCCUCGUACCCGGGUUCCCUCAAAGGGAAGGUGAACCGCAUCAGGUUUAGCAGGGUGCUGGUCAAUGAGGGCCGGGCCUUCAACCAAAAGACGGGCGUGUUCCGUGCCCCCGUCUCCGGCGUCUACCAGUUCUACUUCUCCAACCAGAUCGGGGGCAACACUCCUGCCACCAACCUGUGGCUAGUCAUCAACGGGUACUGGGUGACGGUCUCACAUUCGGCUGUCAAAGGGCCCACCAAUUCCGUCGGAAGUCUCAACACCUACAUGACGACCCUCCGCAAAGGGUCGCAGGUCUACGUGACUCACGUUACCGGGCAGUCCUGGGCCAACUCGGCCUCGAACACCAUAACGUUUGGUGGCUCUUUACUGGUGCAACGGAAAUUAGAAUAAUGCACAUAUAGUCUAGGCUGCUUGGUUUGUCUUGCAUGAAAUAUUUUUUCACUGAAUUGUAAAAUCCACAAUGUCUCCACAUUAUUUACAUGUAUUUGCUCCUGCAGAUCAUUUUAAUUUUUGAUUUGUAAUGUUUUCAUCUAUGUGGUGUUUAUAUUAGUAUUAUAUAGGCCUAUAUAUUGAAAAUGUAGUCUAAGUGAUUCUAUUAAAACAUCUGCCUAAAAUGAGAGAAAUGCGGUAAGCAAACUAAGUUGACUUUAUUCUAUUUAUUUAUUUCUGUUGACAUAUGUUUGGCUCUGUUUUCCCCUCUUUUUAACAUUAAAAAUGUC